GAUGCACUUGGUACAAUAUAUGUUCGGCCUGGGGUAUUAUAUCAUGUUAGGGUUGACGAUCCUCUGCUGUGAUCGUAUGGAAAAAGAGAGAAGCUCCCUCCUCUCUCAGCUGAAUUGGCUGCUUGUUGCUGGGUUUUUACUCUUCAUUUGGGCCUCGUGGCUGCAGCAUCAGUCUAUGGUCCUGCUGGCCAGACUUCGCACUGGAAAGUCAGGAACAGUGGAAACGCUGACUCACAGAGUGCCAAAGGGAGGUUGGUUUGAGCUGGUUUCUUGUCCCCAUUACUUUGCUGAGCUGCUGAUCUACAUCUCGUUGAGCUUUGUUUUCAGAGGCCUCUCUUUCACCUGGUGGCUUGUGGUACUGUAUGUGCUCUUCAACCAAGCACUGGCAGGACAGCUUUGUCAUGACCUUUACAUUAGCAAAUACAAGUCAUACCCAAGGCAUAGAAGAGCAUUUAUACCCUUUGUGCUAUGAAUACUCAGACACUGUAUUGGUCUUUUUGUGGUAAUAAAUGGGAACUGUAAAGAAAACUGCCAGAGAUGUCGGAGGAGCAGAAACCUUAUGAGCAAAAGCCAUCUUUUUCUAAACGUUCUUUGAAACCUCCAAAUUUAACUAAUCGGCUUGACAGCUAAGAGGCCAACACUGUGUUUGAGUUCUGGCAGAAGACUCUAGAGGUGAGAACUUUCUCCGACUGAUGUGAAGACACUGUGAGGAACAUUGCUGGAAUUCAUUUGUUCAUUACAUUAAGAACUUGUUUUUCUUACGAUGAAGUACUUAAAAAUCUUUUGCUUCCUUUUACUGUAUGCCAACCUCUCGAGUUAUAACUGGUAAUGUAAUCUCUAAAUGUUUAUGUGAAAAAGAAACCUGCAAAACACUGUGGUGUUGAAUUUUUUUUUUUUUUAUAGCAAAACAGAAUGUAUUGUAUUAAUACGACAAGGAGUUUUACUUUAAAACGAAAAGUAACAUGACAUGGACAUGUAAUGAAUAAAGAAACUUUAUUCAA